AUGUCCCUGAUGCCCGUGUUUGGUGGGCGACGAAGCGUCUUCUAUAAUCCUUUCUCCGGCGAUGGAUGGGAUGCUCCGGUCAACAACCACCAGCCGGUCCACCAAAAACAAUAUCACGGCGAGAGUGGAGUAACUGCAUGGGCACCACCAGUACAUGGUGCGUCCUCCCACCAUGCGGUGCAGGCCCCGUCAUCAUUUGCAAGUGCAACUGUCGAUUGGAGGGAAACCCCAGAGGCGUACAUCUUCAAGACUGAGCUUCCACCAGGGGUGAGGAGAGAAGAUGUGAGGGUAGAAUUGGAGGAUAAUAAGAUCCUCAAGAUAAGCUGCGAGAGGUACACGGAGAAAGAAGACCGACACGAUCAGAACUACUACCACCACGUCAUCGAACGCAGCAGAUGCAAGUUUCUGACCGCCUUCGGGUUGCCCCAAGACUCUAGGGUUGAUCAGAUCAGGUCAACCAUUGAAAAUGGGGUGCUCACUGUCCGAGUUCCCAGGUGGGAGCCUAUGCACCAUUCUCAUCAUCAUGUCAUACCAGUUGAAAUACUAUAA